AUGGUUGACAUAGAUAGAAAGCAGAAUUUGGAAGCCAAAAAAACCCAAGUGUUGAUUGCAGAUGUUGAUAAUGAGCUGAUUGAACAACAGAGAAUGAUAUUUUCUUUGAUACAGGAGAAAAAAAAGGUGCGACAAAUGUUAGAGUGUGUUACCGCAGAAAAGGAGCAACUGAAAACUGACCUGAAGGAGAGUACUGACAGGAUAGUUGUACAAGAAAAGAACCAUACCAUAAAGAAAGAGGAAGUGCUUUAUAGGACCUGUGAGAAACUGGCAGAAGCUGAAGAAAAGCUAAAGGAAAAGAUCCAAGAACUUCAGGAGAAAGAACAUCAACUUCUUAAGGCAAAAAAUGAUCUCAGGGAAAAUGCGCAUCAAACAGAGCAAUUUAGGAAGCAAUUAGAGGUCCAGAAUUCAACCCUGGAAAGUAUAGAAGCAGAGAAGUUCAGGUUGACUCAGAAAUAUCUUGAAAACCUUGAAGAAAUAAAACUUGUUACUAAGGAAAGAGAUGGCCUCAGAAGAGUGGAGGAAACCCUCAAAAUGGAGCGAGACCAGCUCAGUGAAAGCCUGAGAGAGCUGAAAGCUAAAGUAAGUUACACUCAUUCCCCACCCUAG